CGCAGCACUCACUCUGGCUACAGACCCUGCAUCUCCCGUGCUCUUGGACCGCUCUCUCCACCGCUCGGAUACCCUCCCUGCCAACCGCUCCUACCCGCAUUCGCAAUCCUUGCGACACCUCGGUCUCGCCUUGUCCAUGACGUCGCCGUACUCACGCCAUGAAAGGGACCACGAACGGGAUCGUGAGGAAGCAAGGAUGCAACUGACGCCGCCGCCGUCCGGCCACUUGGGAUCGCCUCCGACCCCGCUGUACAUCGCCAGGCUGCCUGGUGUAUUCGUUGGCGAUAGCGAUGGUGUUUACGAGAUGGAGCGAGACCGUGUCUCACGGCCCAAGGGAUCCCGUGCACAGAGCCCCGCCGGGACGGGUGCCGCAGAGCAACCACCGUGCGAACGACCACAGUAGCUCUUUGAGCAACACCCCGGGCCUGAACGGCGCCACGAAUGGCGCCGCCAGAGGAUCCCCGAGAGGCUUGCGUCAGACUCGAGCGAGGCCGAGAGUUAGUUUGCUCAGCCGGCAAAACAGCGACGCGAGCAUGGAGACUGCAGGCAGCCUCGAGACUGAGGCGGAUCUCGCAAUGAGGCCGUUGUCGAGCAGCCCGACGAAGAGGUCGACUGGUGUUUCGUGGAGCUACUCCGACAAUACCAUGACCUACCCUAUUCUGCAGAUCCCGAAGAAGGAGAAGCACAUUGAGCGCAAGAUCAUCGACGGAAGGGAGCAGGACGCCGAGGUCGAGGUUGAGGUACAUCAACCUCUGAAGUGCCUCUUCCUCUUCCCUGGCAAGGACGGGCCUUAGGUGUAGCGCCUCUACCCUUCAGUCUCUUCUCGUCGCAUCGCAUCGC